UUAAAAAAAAGAAUCCCAUACUUGUAGAAAAAUAUUCUGUUCGUCCUCUCUCACUUUAGCUUUUGUGGAUUUCAUUUUUCAAAAAAUAUAGAACUCCUCAGCCUGCAUAAAACUGAGGCAGAGAUGCCAUUUUAAUCUCCCCAAAGCUGCUCCUUUAAGUCCUGUUCAUGCAAUCAUUGAAUAGUUUAAUGCUUGAUUUCAUUCCAAUUGGAGCAUCCCCUAUAGAGUGAUGAGUGGAAGCAGAAGCACGGAACCCCAAACUCCACUCCUUGCCACUGAUAAUGAACCACUGGAUGGUUAUACAGAUUACAAGGGCUGUCCAAUUAAACGAUCCAAAUCAGGUGGAUGGAGAUCGGCAUCUUGCAUCCUAGCUGCAGGAAGUCUUGAGAGGUUUGCAUAUUUUGGAAUAGAAUCAAAUCUCAUUAACUAUCUGACCGGGCCAAUUGGAGAAUCUGUUGCAACAGCUGCGGCUAAUGUCAAUACAUGGGUUGGCGUAGUUUCACUUGUACCAAUUUUUGGAGCAUUUGUGGCCGAUUCCUUCCUUGGCCGCUACAAAUCAAUCAUCAUUGCUGCCAUUCUCUACAUCUUGGGACUCGGAUUGUUGACCCUUUCUGCAACGAUUACUCCAAUAGUUACCGGAGCUUCAGAUUUCCAAGAUAGAACCAAGAAUGAAUCAGGGCCUGAAUCACCUGAUAAGUAUAUCAAAGCUUUGUUUUUUGGAUCACUGUAUCUGGUUGCACUGGCGCAAGGAUAUAACACCUUUCUUCAAGCCUUUGGAGCCAAUCAAUUUGAUGAAAAACAUCCGGAAGAGAGCAUAGCCAAGAGCUCAUUCUUCAACUGGUGGUUUUGUGUCGGGGCCAUGGGUGCAAUAGCUACACAUUUAAUCUUACCUUACAUUCAGGACAACAUAAACUGGGGCAUUGGUUUUGGGAUUCCAUGUCUGGCCGUGAUAGUCGGGCUUAUCCUGUUUUUACUGGGAAACAAAACGUAUCGAUUUCCUGCCACAAUAGGUGAUAAAGAGGUAGAAAUCCGUUAUGGGAAGAAGGACAAGGGAUUCAAGAAAAGCAUCAGUGCUUUGUACAUUGUAGCUCCCUCAUCAAGCCGUGAAGAAAGCCCUCUGCAUGACGAGUUUCUCAAGGAUGAUUCGCCUCCUGCAGGUGAUGAUUCAACAAACAUUAAUGAAACCUCUAGCAAGACUAAAGAAAUAAAGGAAGUUUUAAGGCUGUUUCCAAUAUGGGUAACCUGUUUAACGUAUACAAUUGGGCAUGCUCAAUCCUGCACAUUAUUUACGAAGCAAGCAACAACACUUGACAGAUCAAUAGGGCAAAGUUAUAGUAUACCAGCUGCAGCACUUCGGAUUAUCAUCGCCCUUUCUGUAGUGUUCUGUAGCAUAAUUUAUGAUCGAAUUUUCGUCCCAAUUGCGAGAAGGAUAACAAGAUAUUCCUCUGGGAUAACAAUGCUUCAGAGAAUAGGAAUUGGCAUGGCAAUAUCUGUCCUGAACAUGGUCAUUGCAGCUGUGAUUGAGAAGAAAAGACUCAAAACUGCUCGAGAUUUUGGUCUCCUCGACAUUCCUAAUGCAACAGUUCCCAUGAGCUUUUGGUGGUUGGCGCCUCAAUAUUUAUUAUUUGGACUAGUUGAUGUGUUGAUUAACGUAGGAAUGCAGGAAUUCUUCUAUGAUCAGGUGCCUACAGAAUUAAGAUGUUUAGGCCUCUCUUUUUCCCAGGGGACCAUAGGCAUAGGCGAUUUCUUGAGCAGCUUUCUGGUCUCUAUGAUUGACAAAAUUACAAGCCAAGGGGGUAGAGAAAGUUGGUUCUCAGAUAACUUAAAUCGAGCACAUGUUGAUUACUUCUAUUGGCUGCUUGCUGGAAUAGGUGUUGUGGGUUUAAUUCCAUUUGUCUGUUUAGCAAAAUCUUACAUUUAUAGGGAACCAAAUAAUAUCAAAAACGAUUCUGAUGUAUAGAUUUACAUGUACUGAUUAAAGUAGGAAUGCUGAAAUUUUUCUAUGAUCAGGUGCCUACUGAAUUAAGAUGUU